AUGGAAGCAAACCAAAGCAUCGCAUUAUUACUUCAAUUGUUAUCAAACCCAACCCUUUUACAACAAACACUUGCAGCAGUUACUCAAAACUCCCAACCUACUACGGUAUCGACUUCUUCUGAGCCUACGGUGCCGAUUUCUUCUGAACCAAUGCAAACCCUUCCGGCACUAUCAAGUGCUAUUGUAGGUGUCGUCAAUACGUCAUUUCCACGUGGGUCAGCGCAAAAUCCCAUCACCAAGGAAGAGUGGAAACAAUGGAAGAAGGCUAAAAAACCUGAAGAAGAUUGGAAGGACUUUUUACGCCUUUCUCAUGAUACUUACUGGUCCUAUCGGAGGAACUUGCGUGACAGGUUAGCAACAAGUUGCCACAAAGGCAGAUAUGCAUCAGAGCAAGCACCAGGCAGGAUUCGGAAAAUUAUUAAUGAUUUUAAACAUGAUUUUCCAACAUUUUCUAUUUCGGUUGGAGACUUUGUUUUACAGAAAAUAUGUGAAAAUAUCAUUAGAAAUUGGGUGGAGACUAAUCGCAAGAACAAGAUAAAAGAAGCCCGCGUUAAAGGUAUUGCCCCUCUUCCUAAACGCAAGAACGUUAUUCCUCCUCCAAGAUUCAAGAAACCAACCCCAUCUCAAUCAACAGUGACAAAUUCCGCUAUAGGCGACAAUGAUGAUGAAAUUGAUACUCAAUCAAUUUCAUCUAAUGAAAAUAAUUCUCUUUCAAAGCACAAUAGUUUUACCUCUUCCACUAACAUCGAUGAAUCAGAAUCAUCCACCAUUACACCGACAGUAAUUGAUGAUAACAGUUCCGAAGUUAACAGUGACAACGAUGCAUCUGAAUUACCCCCCGUUGCACCUCACACAAUGAAAUCUUCAAAAUCUUCUAAGAUUCUAACCAGAUCAUCUGCAGCAAGUUCUAACGCAAUUGAAAUUGAUAGGCCUAAAGUUAAUAACAAUAAUGACAAGUUCGAAUUAUCUUCCACUACCCGUCAACUGAGAUCUUCAAAAUCUUCAAGAAUUUCAACUCGAUUACUAGCAACAAGUUCUGAUGGAAUUGAAGUUGAUGACCGUAUUAAUGCUCAAUCAUCAGGUUUACCAUUAUCUCCAGUAGAGCAAAAUAGAAAUAAUACUAGGAAAAAAAGACCAUCCGGAGUAAAUACUGAAAAGGCUUCUAAGAAAUGGGCCAAAACCAAGAGCCGCAAAUAG